UAACAGCUAGCGCAGCGUGUUUUAAAGUUGAGCGGAUGUGACGUAAUGACGUGUUGUUUGCGCCCUGUGAUGGGCGGGGCCUGUGAGCAGGGAGAAAUGUAAACAACCUUCACGUUCACCGUAAAUCUGAAGCUCCGGUGUUUCCGGUGUCUCCGGUGAGAAGCGGCUCAUCCACCGACCGUCAGUGGCUCCGGGGUCAGUUCACGUCUCUGCGGCUUCACACACAACUUGUCUGGGUUAGCUCGCUGUGCUAGCUGCUAGCUGCUAGCUCCGGGACUGAGUGUCAGAGCUGAAAGCAGCUUAACGGAGGCUUCAGCCGCAGGUUCCGGGUUGUGUUCGGGGAAGCACCGGGGGAAGCACCGGGGACCGAGAAGCGUCACCGGGAAGUUCAGCAGGUGUUUGAGUCCGGUCCUCAUCAAUCUGAUGAACUCUGACCCACAUUCACUCACAGGUACUUCCGGCUGUGUUUACAAACCUGCAGGUCCGACUGGAAGUCUGUUCACUGUUAAGACGACAAACUGAAAUAAUCCUCCAUCGUUGUGGAACAGUGAAGAUUCUCUUCAUUCAUCACCAGACUUGACUUGUGCUGGAAACGGGUGCGUUUGUUUUGUGACCCUCGGCGAGUGGCAGCCUCCUCCUCCAUCUUAGAUCAGUGUGUUUGAAGUUUGAGAACGUGCGGACACUGCAGCUGUUUCUCUGACCAAGCCUCAGUCUUUGGACUUCUUUCUACUUUGACUGUUUGAUAGUGUUUUGCUCUGUGAAGCCUUCGUUUUUCCAGUGUUGAUCAAUCAAUAAGCUGAUGAUGGCAGAUUCCAGUUUACAGCCGGCAGCAGCAGCAGACCUGCUGAUUGAACCGAUUCUUACCACAGAAACCACCUCCAAGGAACUGAUCAUAACCACAGCGAUGGAGGGGCCGGGCCAGAUGAUGGAGUCAGAUGUCGUAGCUGAGGUCGGCAGCAAUUAUGGGGAUGCAGACAGUCCUCUACCCGGCAAAGACCUGAAGGAGGAGGAGGCCAUGCCCUCGACGCUGUCAACUGAAAACGGGACGAUGACUGCCGUCCCCACAGACGAAGAAUCUUUGUCCACUCUGCUCAGACACAUGGAGAAUGAGGGGGGGCGGGACAGAGGAGGAGACACAGGUCUGGACCUGGACCUGGAGGACAGCUCGUCUGCAGCGACAGCGGGCGGUUCGGAGGACCAGCAAGAGUCCACAGACUCUGCGUCCUUCUCCAUCCCCAGUCUGGAGCUGUCAGACGGGGUCACAGCCACAGGAAACUCCCAGGACGUGGAGGACAGCUUGUCCUCGUCCUUGUCUGCUGUGGGUGCGCAGGGCUGCACUCUGUCCGCCGGGGUCGGCGAUCUGAAAGAUGGCGAGGCACUGGAGGCUGCAGGGGGCGCUGUCGCUGCAGCAGCUGCUGCUCCUCCUGCUGUCGCCUGCUCCUCCUCGUCAGCGGCAGCAGCAGAGGCAGCUUCUUCUGUACCGGCGUAUUACCUGGUGAAGUGGAUCACCUGGAAGGAGAAGAAGACGCCCAUCAUCACUCAGAGUGAGAAUGGACCCUGCCCCCUGCUGGCCAUCAUGAACACACUGUUUCUGCGCUGGAAGGCUAAGCUUCCUGCUCAGACGGAGGUGGUCACCACCGAGGACCUGAUGUCUCACCUGGGAGAGUGUGUGUUGUCUGUCACACCCAGAGAAAAAACUGAUGGGAUGGAGCUCAACUUCCAACAGAACAUGAGUGAUGCCAUGGCCGUCCUCCCUAAGCUCUCCACAGGUCUGGAUGUUAACGUGCGUUUCACUGGAGCGACAGACUUUGAAUACACACCUGAGUGCAUCGUGUUCGACCUGCUUGACAUCCCGUUGUACCACGGCUGGCUGGUCGACCCACAGAGUCCAGAGAUGGUGUCGGCUGUGGGGAAACUGAGUUACAACCAGCUGGUGGAGAAAAUCAUCGACUAUAAACACUCAGCUGACAGCAGCCGAGUCAGUGAAGGUCUGGUAGCGGAGCAGUUUUUGGAGUCGACUGCGACACAGUUGUCGUAUCACGGUCUGUGUGAACUCAACACAACGGCCAAAGAGGGAGAGAUCUCCGUGUUCUUCAGAAACAACCACUUCAGUACCAUGAUUAAACACAAGGGUCACCUGUACCUGCUGGUGACGGAUCAGGGCUUCCUGCAGGAGGAGCCUCUGGUGUGGGAGUCUCUUCAUAACGUCGAAGGCGACGGGAACUUCUGUGACUCUGACUUCAGACUGUGUCAUCAAAGAGCUCCGCCCACCGCCCCCCCCGCUGCACAGGAACAACGGAGACAGAUCGACCAGGACUACCUGGUGGCCGUGUCCCUGCAGCAGCAGGGCGGGGCCCUGGGGCCCCUCAGUGACCUGGAGUUGGCCCGACAGCUUCAACAGGAAGAAUAUCAGCAACAGCAGCAACUCCAACAGCAGGGGGCAGUGCAGACACAACAGGUAACACCACACACACAGAGCUGGAGCCUUUUUACAGUGUGAUCACACUGUAAAAAGUUAAAUAAUAACAACAUGACUAAAGGUCUUAUCUAAACAAAGUGCUUCACAUCAAGAUAAGAUAGAAAUAAAGAUAAAUCUACUGGCUCAGUGGAUCAUCACCGUUUUUAACCAAACGUCAGAACCACAGAGAUAAAGAUGGACGACAUGACAGCUCCCAAACGUAAAGGCAAAUCAUGUGGAUGGCCCCCUGGUGGUUGGCUGCAGUAUAGCUCAUAGAACUGUAGAAUCUUACUGGAUCCCUGUGAUGCUGAAGAAACUUCAAAACAUCGACAGCUUUCUCACUGAGUUCACUGCAAACAGGAAGUGAUCACAGACAGUUUGACUCAUGUGGUUUUAACCAAAGUGAUUCUUUACUGUUCAUGUUCAAAACUUUGUUGAUGUAAAGUCUGUUGACUGUUGCUGUUUUCAGGUCAGAGGUCAAGGGUCACAGCAAACGAGGAGGAGAGAGAAGGACUCCGACUGUGUUCUCCUGUAGAGACACACACACACACACACACACACACACACACACACACACACACACACACACACACACACACACACACAGCUCGAUGCCAAACCCCAGUGCUUUGUCCGACAGGAAACAGUUUGUGAUUCCAGGUUUUGAAAGUUUGUAAAUUUGUGUGAAAUGAAAACUGAGUCUGGUCAAAGGUGUAAAAACUGAAUUAUAUUUAACUCAUGUCUUUAUUGUCAAUAAAGUUAUUUAAUUGAUGAGUUAUAUACCAUUGAUCAGAUCAAUAUAAAGUUUGAACUGAAACAUGAAACAGUUUGUCUCUUGUGACGUAUUAACAUUAAAUCAUCUUUAAACAUCAGGUCAUUAAUGAAAUCGAUGAAAAGUCUGUUGUGUUUGAUUUUAAAAUAAGUGAACUGUUUAUUUGUCUUAUCGGUUUAUAACUGACCAGUAAAACGAAUCAAUGAAACAUUAGAUACAGCGUUGAAUUAUCACUGGCUGAUGAUGAUGUCAUCUGUAUGUAAAUGACCUGAAAACUCGUCACGUGACUUCACGCUUUGACUUAACAAAAAAAGUUGAAUUAACCCACGGUCUUGUUUAUGAAAACUGGAGAAAAGUGACUCAGAUUUCCUUAUUUCAUUAAUUUGACAUAACAGUGACCUUUCCAUGUCGGCGUGGUGGUGACCUCCGGUGAAACGGAUCUUUUCACAAUAAUCAGCUUUAAAACCAGGACCUAACAGAACUGAAAGAAGGUUUCAUGAUGUCAUUGUUUGGUCCUUUUUUUAACCUUUGUGAGUUAAAACAUUUUUCGACAACGUUGAUUCAUUAAAAUACAGGAAACAGAAACGUGAGGUUCACCGUCCACGUUCACGUCCGUUUUCAAUCUGGUUUAGAACCUGCUCGUAAACUCGACCAUUAAAUUUGAAUUUUAUUAGAAACUGAUCAGACGUUUGAUGUGACGAGAGAAAACUGAACAAAAUAUAUCUGAAUAUCUACAUUUAUAUCUCACUUCUGAAAUUCUUAAUAAUUUAAUGUUGACUAAUCAUAUCACAGAAAUUAUUUGAUUUAGUUUUAAUGAUCAAAUUGUCGACUCUUUAGAUUCAUGUCCACAUUUCCAAACGUUGUCCGAUCAGAAUAUGAUCAAGAUCUUUGGGUUUGAUCGAAUCAGUCAAAAUAAUGAUUUAAAAUUAAAUCAAAGUUUAUGCUCCAAACAGAUAAAGUUUAUUUUUCAUUUUGACUCGUAUUAUUUUGACUCUUUGUCUCAAAGUUGAAAAGGAAAAGAGACAAACUUAAGCUUCUGUUGAGACGUAAAAUAAAAAGAACGGAAUAAAAUCUUUACCUUUUUCUAGUUUUUUAAAAACUCAGAUUAUUUCCUGAUUUAAAUCUACGUAAAAAAAAAAAAACUGUUCACGUCUUAAAACUGAAAAUAAAGCGUCUGAUUUAACACUGAAAACUUUCCCAUCAUGCUUUUCUGUGUGUUCGGGGGCGUGUUCUGUAUUUCCUGUCUUUUCUUUUGUGUGAUUGAAAGCUUCACUGUUUCACCAAUUUAUUUAAUUAUUGUCAAUAAAAAUAAAAUCAAA